UUGGCUCUGGUGCCAUGGGACCCUCCAAAGGCUAUCCCUGAAAUCCGCCUUGCCCGAGCCCCAGAUGCAGGCACACGGGACGGGACGAGACGGGGCUCCCUCCCCUAGGCUUUGCCGCUUCAACAAGCCCCGUGUCCCGCGCGGGGGCCCGGCGGCGCCUCCCCUCUGCCCCGCAGCCCGGGGAGGGGCCAACCGCUCGCGACGGCCGGACGCGUUUCCCUGCGACGCCUCCUCCGCGGUGCCCUGGCAACCGGGCGCCCCUGGCAACCGGCCCAUCGCCGCCGCCGGAGCGGGUAGGGGCGCACCGCCGGCUUCCGGCCGUGCCGGCUCCGCGCGGGACGAUGAAGCAGCCCCUGGCGGACGACACCGAGGACGUGUCCCUGGACUUCGGCGCCGAGGAGGAGCUGAGGCUGAGGAAAGCCCGGAUCAGAAUGUUACUGGAAGACUCUUGGUUGGGCUACGAUGGUGGAAUCAGAUUGAUGAAGAUGGAAAAAGCCACUGGGUAUUUGAAGCAAAAAAGGUUUCUACAAACAUUGCUGCCUCAACUGAAGUUGAAGCUCGUAUCUUCUGGCUUGGUCUGAUUAUCUGCCCCAUUAUUUGGACCCUGUUCUUUUUUAGCACCUUGUUUUCCUUAAAGCUGAAGUGGCUGGCUCUUGUGAUAGCUGGAAUCUCCCUUCAAACUGCUAACUUAUAUGGAUACAUCCAUUGUAAAUUAGGAGGACAAAAAAGCAUCAGCCAAGUAACUUCCAGGCUCCUAUCACAGCAGAUGUUUCAAAGAGACAGACCAAAAGAAUUUCAGAAGACUGUCUUGAAGGGUAUGGAAAUGCACAACCACUAGAAAGACACUGUAGUCCUGAGAGAAGUCAACACUAAAUUGAGAACUACAGCCUAAAGUCUGUUAGUCGAAGGAAAAAUGUAUUCAAGUGAUCUUAUUCAGCAAGUGCAUGGAAAUAUACACUACAGUUAAUCUCCAGAAGACUUGAAGAAAGUACUAAUAGGUAAAUGGAACACAUUAUGUAUGUCCCAAUGAAAACAAACUGUUUAAUGUAUAAGUUUCUGAAUAAAUGCUAUGCGUAUGCAUCUAAAGUAGA